AUCCUUUUUUGGAUGUUGAUAAUGAUGAUGAUCACUGUGGUCAAGAAGAUCAGAAAAAUAGUUUCCAACAACAAGUUCAUCAAUUAUUAAGAUUAAUGGCUAGCGCUCUGUCUCAGUUAGAAUUAGUUGGUCAUGCGUUUGAGACAAAUAACAUUCAAGAUUGGGAGGAUGAUUUCCAUCCGGAUAUGAGUUUUAAAGUCAAUGAAACCAUUGAUCAAUAUGUGUCAGAGAUGGUAGCUUUGUUUAGACAGGUUACUGUGAGAGAUAACCAGUAUCCUGAAGCAAUAAAAGCUCAAAUUUUUGUACAAGGACUACAACCGGACAUGGUGCUUGUGGUGGGUUUAUUUAUACUAAAAACUCUACAAGCAGCAAUUGAAAGGGAUAAAGUUACCAGUUUGACAGUUCAACUCCUUACUUCUUCAAGUGCUACUGAAGAUCCUAUAAAGAAAUUAACAUCUGUAAUAGAAGAAUUAGUAGUGUCUAUAAAGAAUAAUAAUGAUAGACCAAGAGAAAAUCAAAACAAAAAUCAGAAUAAUAUACCAUUUCAGGGAAAUUGA